AACCACUGAGAAGACUCCUACUCUUGAAGCUUCUCAAGAGAAAGAUGUUAAAAAAGAUACUGAGGAGGAUAAGACAAGUGUUUCAGCUCCUCAUCAAAUGAAAGAAGAGGAGGAUCAGUCAGGAAUGUCGAAGUAUUUUGAAACCUCUGCUCUGAAAGAGGAAGCCUUCAAAGCAGAUAGUCUGAAACAAAGCAGUGAUUACUAUGAGCUAAGUGACACUAAAGAGAGUAAAUAUGAGCCUUAUCAGAGAGGUCGUCUAAUACCUGAAGAUGAAGAGGAGGAGGAGGAGGAUGAAUUAGAGGCAGAAUUGAAUCAGCAGCAGAAUGUGCAUACUCGUGAAAUGGGGUACAGUACCCUGGCUCAGAGCUAUACACCAGACACAUCUGAAGAACCCAGUUCUCCAACAGAAAGAAUGUUCACUAUUGACCCCAAAGUCUAUGGGGAUAAGAGAGAACUUCACAGUAAAAAUAAAGAUGACCUAACUCUAAGCAGGAGCUUGGGACUUGGGGGCAGAUCUGCAAUUGAACAGAGAAGUAUGUCUAUUAACUUGCCCAUGUCCUGUCUGGAUUCCAUAGCCCUAGGCUUUAGUUUUGGUCGUGCACAUGAUCUUUCUCCCCUCGCUUCAGAUAUUCUAACUAACACCAGUGGAAGUAUGGAUGAAGGUGAUGACUACUUGCCAGCAACCACACCAGCACUGGAGAAGGCCCCCUGUUUCCCCAUUGAAAGCAGAGAGGAAGAUGAACACAUAGAAGAAGAAAAAGUAAUGGUAGAAGAAAAUGUCCAGCCUGAGACCUCAGCUGAACCAUCUUUCCAGGCCAAAGACUACUACAAAAAUGGGGCUGUCCUGGCUCCUGACCUGCCUGAAAUGUUAGAUUUGGCAGGGACAAGAUCUAGAUUAGCCUCUGUGAGUGCAGAUGCUGAGGGGGCACAGAAGAAGUCAGCUCCUACUGACACUGUUGUGGGAGACAGCAGCACAGCCCUGCCACCUGUGACAAACGAAAACCAUGUAAUUCUAAAAGCUGAAAGUCAGCUGGAAGACUUGGGCUACUGUGUUUUCAAUAAGUACACAGUACCACUCCCUUCUCCAGUUCAGGACAGUGAGAAUUUAACAAGUGAAACCUGUCCCUUCUACGAAGGCACAGAUGAAAAACUGAGACGUGGCCUCGCUCCCGACUUGUCUUUAAUAGAAGUGAAGCUGGCAGCUGCUGAAAAAUCAAAAGAAGACUUCCUCAGUGAAAAAGACUUAGGGCAGCAUGGUGAGUCCAUUCUGGUGAGGGACUUUGAGGAGGAGAAAAAAGAGAAACUGGAUACUGUGCUAGAAAAAAGUGAAUAUCAAGUUGACUCUAAAGAAGUCUGUCCUGUUAAAGAAGCAGAACCAGAGAAGACGAGGGCUGAGGCAGUGUUAGAAAGAAAAGAAGAAAGUGUGGCUAGUAAAGUUCAUUUACCUGCUGAUUCAAUCUGUGACAGAUUUUCUACUUCAGAGAUAUCAGAGAAGACUCUUAGUGUUGUUCCUGAAAUAGCUGAGAUAGAAGCUCCAAUUAAACCAGAUUACAAUGCUAUUAAGCAUGACAUGGAGGUGGCUGCAAUGAGAGCUGACCAAGAAUAUCAGAGUAAGUUAGACACUAAGAUUAGUGAGGUUGUUUCUCUUCCUUUAGGGAAAGACAAAACCUCUCUUAAAAGAGAUGAGCCUGAACCCAAAGACACUCAACAGAAAGAGGAGACCAUCUUCUCCAGAGAAGCAAAGGAGGCAGAUGUACUUUCCAAGACUGAGCCUGGUUAUGUGAAGGACAUUACCAAACUGUCAGAAAUAGAAAUUAAGGAAAAAGUAACUAAGCCAGAUCUGGUGCAUCAAGAGGCAGUUGAUAAGGAGGAAUCUUAUGAAUCUAGUGGAGAACAUGAUCAAGCCCAAGAAAGUUUGAAUGGAGAAUCUGUGAAAGCAGAGGAUAUCAAAGCAGAACAUCCAAAACCUCCCAUGUCUGGGGCAGAGAUGCCUACACAGUUACCAGCAAAGGAGACUUCUGCGGAACUCCUCUUUCCAAAAGCUGAGUCUCUCCAGGAGGAGCCUGCUGAGAUUCAGAUGGAAAGCAUACCACAACUUGUAGAAGGAGCUGAAGAGACUCUGGAUAGAACUGUGAAACCUAUGGAAACCCAAAAGCUGCUGCCUUGUGAACUGGCAGCUGGAGCCCCAGAAGAGAAAGAAUAUGAGGAGGAAGAGAUGGAAGCAGCGCAAGAAGCAAAAGAAGAGGAUAAACAGUACCUUGUAUCAGAAAUGCCCCCAGACUUUGGCAAGCCUGCUGCAGAAGAAAUGGGAGCCAAGGGUAGCCCAGAGGCACUGCCUGAACUGAAAGGCAUUAUUGAAUCAGUGGUGACGGUGGAGGAUGACUUUAUCACAGUGGUGCAGACAACAGUUGAUGAGGGUGAAUCUGCUUCUCACAGCGUGCGCUUUGCUGCUACUCAGCAGGAAGACAUUGAAACAGGAGACUCCCAGGCUGAAGAGGAGCUAGAUGUUGAAGAAGUGGAAGUUGAGCCCAAGGAAGGCUCCCGAGAGGCUCCUGCUUCACCCCAGAGAGAAGAAAUCCUGCUCACUAACUACAAAACAGAGACGUGUGACGAUUACAAAGAUGAAACAACAAUUGAUGACUCCAUCAUGGACACAGACAGUCUCUGGGCAGACACUCAAGAUGAUGAUAGGAGCAUCAUGACUGAACAGUUAGAGACUGUUCCUAAAGAGGAGAAAGCAGAGAGAGAAUUGCGAAGAUCAUCUCUUGAUAAGCAUAAAAAAGAAAAACCUUUUAAAACUGGGAGAGGCAGGAUUUCUACUCCUGAAAGGAAAAUAGCUAAAAAGGAACCUAGCACACUCUCCAGAGAUGAAGUGAGAAGGAAAAAAGCAGUGUAUAAGAAAGCUGAACUUGCUAAAAAAACUGAAGUUCAGGCCCACUCUCCCUCCAGGAAAAUAAUUUUAAAACCUGCUAUCAAAUAUACUAGACCAACUCAUCUCUCCUGUGUUAAACGGAAGCAGACAGCAGCAGGUGGUGAAACAAACCAGGCUCCUGCUGUAUUUAAACAAGCAAAGGAAAAACUCUCAGAUGGAGUAAGCAAGAGCCCUGAGAAGCGUUCAUCUCUACCAAGACCUUCCUCCAUCCUUCCUCCUCGACGAGGUGUGUCAGGAGACCGAGACAGAGAGGAGAACUCCCUCUCCCUCACAACUUCUCUCUCCUCUUCAGUACGACGGACUACCCGAUCAGAGCCAAUUCGUAGCAGAACGGGAAAAAGUGGAACUUCUACCCCCACUACUCCUGGUUCCACUGCCAUCACUCCAGGGACACCACCAAGCUAUGCCUCCCGUACCCCAGGCACUCCAGGGACACCCAGUUACUCCAGAACUCCCCACACUCCUGGGACUCCCAAAUCUGCAAUACUGGUACCUACUGAGAAAAAAGUUGCCAUAAUUCGCACUCCUCCUAAAUCUCCAGCCACUCCAAAGCAGCUACGAGUUAUUAAUCAGCCUCUACCUGACCUCAAGAAUGUCAGGUCCAAAAUUGGGUCAACAGAUAAUAUCAAAUACCAGCCUAAAGGAGGGCAGGUACAAAUUGUAACCAAGAAGAUCGACUUGAGUCAUGUGACUUCCAAGUGUGGCUCGCUCAAGAAUAUCCACCACAAACCAGGAGGUGGGCGUGUGAAAAUUGAGAGUGUGAAACUGGAUUUCAAAGAGAAAGCUCAGGCUAAAGUUGGCUCACUGGAAAAUGCCCACCAUGUACCUGGUGGUGGUAAUGUCAAGAUUGACAGCCAAAAGCUGAACUUCAGAGAGCACGCCAAGGCCCGUGUUGAUCACGGGGCUGAGAUCAUCACGCAGUCACCGGGCAGGUCCAGCAUGGCCUCGCCGCGCAGACUCAGCAACGUCUCCUCCUCUGGAAGCAUCAACCUGCUUGAAUCUCCCCAGCUUGCUACCCUUGCUGAAGAUGUCACAGCAGCCCUUGCCAAGCAGGGGUUAUGAAUUUGCUCAUUUUGCGUUGUAUGAGGUAAUAAUAUUUAGGCAUGAGCUCUUUGCAGGAAUGGGCUCAGAGCAGGUGUUACGUUCAUUCUUUACCAUGUCUAAAACUAAGUUACAUCCCAAGACUUGUAGUUACCAUAUAGUU